CCGGCUAUUUUAUUUAUUUAUUUAUUUUUUUAAGAGACAGAAUCUCAACUUUGUCACCCUGAGUCGAGUGCCAUGGCAUCACAGCUCUUGGGCUUAGCCAAUUCUCUUGCCUCAGCCUCCCGAGUAGUUGGGACUACAGGCACCCAUCACAACGCCCAGCUGUUUUUUUUUUGUUGUUGCAGUUUGGCUGGGGAUGGGUUUGAACCUGCCGCCAUCCUUGUUAUAUGGGGCCAGCGCCCUACUCACUGAGCCACAGGCGCCACCCUACUACUUUAUUCUUAAACAACCACGUAUAUCUGAGAAAAAAGAGACUUGAUAGAAACCCCAACAAAGAUACUGUUAAUAUUUUUUCAUUAUGAGAGAAGUUAUUGUACCAUGAAACUAGAACAGGAUGCCAAGUGAUAACAAGUCAAAUUAAAACAAAAAAAGAAGCCCUUGAAAAAUAAAAAUGGGCGUGGUGCCCGUAGCACAGUGGGUACAGCGCCAGCCACAUACACUGAGGAUGGAGGGUUAGAACGUGGCCAGGGCCAGCUAAACAAUAAUGACAACUGCAACAAAAAACAAAUAAAUAAAAACAGCUGGGCGUUGUGAUAGGCGCCUAUAGUCCCAGUGACUUGGGAGGCUGAAGCAAGAGACUGGCUUAAGCCCAGAGUUUGAGUUUGCUGUGAUGCCACAGCACUCUUCCCAGGGCAACAUAGUGAGACUCUAUCUCCAAAAAAAAAAAAAACAGGAGGAAAAGGAAGAACCCAGAUGAAAUUCCAGAGUGAAAAUGGGGAAAAAGAAUCCAACAAAAUAAAAAUGGAGAUUAUUAAAAAAAUAAUAAAUUAUCAAAUAAAUUAAAAAUCUAACAACUAAAAGUACCUAAUUGUCCAAAUAGAAGGAGUCCACCUGAAUCAACCAAUAAAGAUACCCUCAAUUAAUGGAUCAGGAAACAUUAUACCACCAAGGAAAAUCUUAAGCUUCUAUCAGGAAAAAAAAAAUAGAAACAAAAGAUCAGAAACCAGAAUAGGCAUCUUCUUUUUUUUUUUUAAGAGACAGAGCUCACAGCAACCUCCAACUCCUGGGCUUAGGCAAUUUUCUUGCCUCAGCCUCCCAAGUAGCUGGGACUAGAGGCGCCCGCCACAAUGCCCACUAUUUUUUUGUUGCAGUUUGGCCGGGGCGUGCUUGAACCCACCACCCUCAGAAUAUGGGGCUGGAGCCCUACUCACUGAGCCACAGGUGCCGCCCCCAGAAUAGGUAUCUUUCAAGAAAGACACUGAGAACUUAAGCAAUGCUUUCACUAUCCUGAAUACAGACUUUCAAUGUAGAAUUUUUUUUUUUUUUUUGAGACACAGUCUUACUAUGUUGCCCUCGAUAGAGUACAGUGGCAUCACAGCUCAUAGCAACCUCAAACUCUUGGGCUUAAGCAACUCUCUUGCCUCAGCCUCCCAAGUAGCUGGAACUACAGGCACCCACCACAAUGCUCAGCUAUUUUUUGGUUGCAGUUAUCGUUGUUUAGCUGGCCCGAGCUGGGUUUGAACCCACCAGCCUCAGUGUAUGUGGCUGGCACCGUAACCACCAUCCUACGGGCACCAAGCCUCAAUCUAGAAUUUUGUACCCAGCCAAACUUCCAAGUAUGAGGACAAAUAAAGUUAUUUUCAGACAAUAAGGGACUAAAAAACAACAACAACAAAAUCACCUAUUACUUCAAAAGCUAUCAGGAGAUAGGCUCUGAAAGAAGAAAAGAAAAGAUUGCCAGAUGGAAAACAGAAGCCAACCCAGGAGAGCAAUGACACAAAGGUCUAGGAAAACAGCUCUGCUGCAAGCCUACAGAGCAACGAGUCCAAUUUGGAGCAGGAAGAUUUAGGGGUCUGGCAGGAAAGUGGAGAAGGGGAAAUCAAUUUAUUCAAACCUAUGGAGAAUACACUCGGUAAGUGUAUAGGAUGCUAAAGCUUUGAGGAAAAAAAAUUAACGAUAGUUAAAAUAAAAAUCAGGUUGAUUAAAAAAAGUUAAUUAAUUUGGAGCAUACAAGAAAACAAGUGCAGUUGAAUUUAUUACUUGCUUUAGCAACCAACAAUAUUUUCAGCCUUAGAAAAUGAGAUCACUAAUUAGACAAAAAGCUCAUGAUAAAAACUCAUUUGGGGCCUCGCACCAAAGGAAGCAUCACUUGAGACCCCUAAGCUUCAGGAUCUCCGUGGGUUACUUCCCUCCCAAGCCUGAGGUCCAGCCAGCACCCAAUGGAUGACAAGAAGAAGAAACGGAGUCCCAAACCCUGUCUGACCCAGUCAGGCCAGGCCCCAGGCACACUACGCAGGGUCCCUGUGCCCACCAGCCACAGCGGCUCCUUGGCCCUUGGACUCCCUCAUCUGCCAUCCCCCAAGCAGCGGGCUAAGUUCAAGAGAGUAGGCAAAGAGAAAUGCCGUCCAGUGCUGGCUGGAGGUGCAGGUGGCUCUGCAGGCACGCCCCUGCAGCACUCCUUCCUGACCGAGGUGACCGAUGUCUAUGAGAUGGAGGGGGGACUACUGAACCUGCUCAAUGAUUUUCACUCAGGCCGGCUUCAGGCCUUUGGGAGGGAAUGUUCCUUCGAGCAGUUGGAGCACGUGCGCGAGAUGCAGGAGAAGCUGGCCCGGCUCCACUUUAGCCUGGACGUGUGUGGGGAAGAGGAUGAUGAUGAAGAGGAAGAGGACGGGGUCACCGAGAGGCUGCCUGAGGAGCAGAAGACGACAAUGGCUGACCGAAACCUGGACCAGCUGCUUAGCAAUCUGGAAGAUCUUAGUAAUUCUAUACAGAAGCUGCACCUGGCCGAGAACGCCGACCUGGAGGAUCAGUCAGCAGCUUAGGUGCUGGGACGCAGGCCCAAGCUGCCCCUCUCAUUCCUUUCAAACUGUGACUUCUUAUGGACUUGAGAGGGUAUUCCGCGGCCCCCCAGGUGCUAUGGGGUUGGGGGGGGGGGCACUGUAUGGAAUUAAACCAGAAAGCAAGAAAAAAAAAAAAACUCAUUUGGGG